AUGCUUACCCUAAAGUCGCUAUACCCGAACAGCCUUGCGGUACAAAGGAUGAUGGAGAUGGUCCGAGAGGAGGGCAACAUGGGUUUGCAAGACGGCUUCUUAUUCACAGUGUGGUUACUAGACUACUACAACAGCGGAUAUAUCUUGGCAGACCUUGCAACAGUAAUGGCGACCCAAUCCGAUUUCUACUAUCUCACAUCGAAAGAGUACGACCUCGAAUUACGAAGGGCGACGGAAAGCGACGAUGACGACGAUGACGACGAUAGCAACAACAACGAUGAUGAUGAUGAUGACAGCGAUGACGACGAGGUAUUCAGCAAUGACAGCGGUAGCGACGGCUCUUCCUCGAAUUCAUCAUCCUUCAUCAGGCCACCUUCCUAUUCGAAAGACACGCAAACAAGGAUAUUGCAGUGGAGGCCCCAGCUGUGGUCAAUACCCAAUCAUGCCGAGCUCGAAGCGAUAUCGGAGUUUCUACCUCCAUGGCCAACAGCGAUUGCCGAUCCAGUUCCUGAGCACGAAUACGUACCGAAUAUGUAUUUUUCUGCUGCAGCAGUCGCAAUCCGCUUUCUCGAAGAGCUUGCUCCAAAACCCCGGGAGCAGCUUCGCAAGAUCGUAAUCCAGGAAGACCAUCCAAGUGUAGCAUCUUCGAAAACACACGCGCAGGGCCUGAUAUCGUUCUGCCAGGCGAACCCAAAAGUCCGAAUAGAGCGUAGGGUCAAUGUGUGGCCUACCGAGUUCGUGUACCGGAGCAACUAUUUCGCCCAUCAUACGAAAGUGAUAGUAAAGAUGAUUGCGACUUGGAUCAAUGAGGUCAAGAUCUUAUAUCAAAUGGGUAUGCCUGCCGGCUGCUUCACAUUAGUCCUCCACGGUCCAUCCGAAGCAGCAAGCCAGCAACUCAGCGAUGCCAUCACCAGAGCAGCGAUAUGGCUAGAGGGCACUGUUGAACUUGCUCGGCGAGAGCAGCGUCAGUUCCACCCCUUUCAAGGUAUAACCGAAGACUUCGUGGACGUGAUCAAGGAGAUGCUGCGCGGGGAGAUACCAGCGAGGUUCGAUGCAGAGAUGGAUGAGGUGUGGGACAUUGAGAAGAUUCUAAGCGAGCAUGCGGGAGACUGGCCCAGCAAGGUCAGCGAUGUCUUUCGUCUUCAGGAUUUCGAGGAGCCGGAGGGGGGCUGGCACGCGGCGCGCGAAGCGUACAAGGAGAGGGAGGGUUAG